CAUCAUCAGGUCACGUGACCACGUCGUAUUGAUACGUGUCGUUUAAGUGUGCCCCGAUUCGUCGGUUCUUCUAGCCUGCCGAACGUAUUCAUCAUCAGUUGAGAUUAUCCAGCGGAAUAGGACCCGCAUAUAUCUAAGUCACUCCAAGUCGACUUUCGACUUGGCAUUUUACGUCAAAUUUAUUAUUUAAAGUAUUAAUUACUCGCCCAUAGUGUUGGCUAAUAUUCGCCAAAUAACGGAUCCACCAUGGGGAUUAAAUUUUUGGAGGUGAUAAAACCGUUCUGCAGCGUUUUGCCGGAAAUAGCGAAGCCCCAGAGAAAAAUUCAAUUCAGAGAGAAAGUACUAUGGACUGCAAUCACUCUCUUUAUCUUCCUCGUGUGCUGUCAGAUUCCACUUUUCGGAAUCAUGUCUUCAGACAGUGCAGAUCCUUUCUACUGGAUAAGAGUAAUUCUUGCGUCAAACAGAGGUACAUUGAUGGAGUUGGGUAUUUCUCCAAUUGUAACUUCUGGCUUGAUAAUGCAGUUGCUUGCCGGAGCUAAAAUUAUUGAAGUAGGCGACACACCAAAAGACCGAGCGCUCUUCAAUGGAGCACAAAAAUUAUUCGGUAUGGUAAUUACUGUUGGACAAGCAAUUGUUUAUGUAAUGACUGGUAUGUACGGUGACCCAGCUGAAAUUGGAGCUGGAGUGUGUCUGUUGAUCAUCAUCCAGCUCUUCGUCGCUGGUUUGAUCGUACUGCUGUUGGAUGAACUUCUUCAGAAAGGUUACGGUUUGGGAAGUGGUAUCUCACUUUUCAUCGCCACGAACAUCUGUGAAACAAUUGUUUGGAAGGCCUUUUCUCCGGCUACGGUCAACACUGGUCGUGGUACUGAGUUCGAGGGUGCGAUUAUUGCAUUGUUCCACCUGGUAGCAACCAAACCAGACAAAGUACGAGCCUUAAGAGAAGCUUUCUACCGUCAAAACCUUCCUAAUCUCAUGAACUUACUCGCCACCAUCUUGGUCUUCGCUAUAGUCAUUUACUUCCAGGGCUUCCGAGUUGAUCUACCAAUCAAGUCGACCAGGUAUCGUGGUCAAUACAGUAGCUACCCAAUAAAACUUUUCUACACCAGUAACAUCCCAAUUAUUCUGCAAUCAGCGUUGGUCUCCAAUCUUUACGUUAUCUCACAAAUGUUAGCCGUUAAAUUCCACGGAAAUAUUAUUGUAAACUUAUUGGGAGUUUGGUCUGAUGUUGGUGGAGGUGGUCCGGCUAGAUCGUAUCCUGUGGGUGGUCUUUGUUAUUACUUGUCGCCACCUGAAUCUGUGGGACACAUUGUUCAAGAUCCAGUUCACGCGUUCUUGUACAUUCUCUUCAUGUUGGGCUCUUGUGCUUUCUUCUCCAAGACCUGGAUUGAAGUGUCUGGAAGCUCCGCUAAAGACGUCGCUAAACAGCUGAAAGAACAACAGAUGGUAAUGAGAGGACACCGUGACAACUCAAUGAUUCACGAAUUGAAUCGUUACAUUCCAACAGCCGCAGCAUUCGGUGGUCUCUGUAUUGGAGCGCUUUCUGUUCUCGCCGAUUUCUUGGGAGCUAUUGGAUCGGGUACUGGUAUUCUUCUUGCAGUAACAAUCAUCUACCAGUACUUCGAAAUCUUUGUGAAAGAGCAGAGUGAAAUGGGUGGAAUGAGCACGUUAUUGUUCUAAAUAUAAUUAGAGACUUUAAAAGUGAAUAAUUUUUUUUUUUACAAUCAAGAUAUAUUUUAAGUAUAAUUUAUUUAAAGAAAAAAAAAAGAGAAAAAGAAAAAAAAACGAUCCAAGCUUGGAUAUUAAUGGCAGUGUUUUUGGUCUGUCGUUUUAUGAAAGACGUUUAUUUAUAAAAAAAAAAUAACACAAGAUUUAACGUCCAGUUAUAUUAGUUUACUUAUUAAAUUAAUCUUGAUACAGGUUAAGGUGACUCGAGGAAACUCGAGUUGAUGCCAAUUGGGGCAUGAUCGUCUUCCUGAUGAUCAUUUAAUAACACAUACCAUAAUUCAAGACUUGAUUGUACAUAGAGUUGGAUCGAAUGUCUCAAUUAAGACAAUCGGUGUUUUUCUACUCGAGCUAAACAAUAGCUCAUGCGAAUGCGCGGAGUAGCAGCAAUAUAACUUUCGUCAGCAUUUAUGUUGUGACGUUUGUUUAACAAUUUAAUAAUUAUUAAAUAGAUAUAUUAUAAAAUUUAAGCUCUCGGUGCAUUCGUCAUGAUUUUUGACAGGACGCGGUGCCCACCUUAGGGUAGAUUGUUGAGUAAUUCUUAACGAAAGAUACUCAUCUAAGGUACCAUCAUUCCUGUAUUAUUAUUAAUAAUGAUACAAAUUAAAAUAAUUUUGUCUCUUGUAUUUUUAAGAGUGAUUUUAUUAAAAAAUAAUAUUUCAUACC